GUUUUUGUGGUGGCUGGGAUGUUCCGAGCUACUCGCGUGCUGUCGAUGGCGGUGGCCCAGAAGACAUCCACGGGUCUGGUUGGUCUGGCCGUCAACCCGAACUGGCGCGUCGAUCUCAUCAAGCUGUACGGCGAGACCCUCAAGGCGACCCAAACGCACUUGCCCGACUGCUUCUACCGCACGUCCGUGGAGCAAAUCACGAACUUCCGCCUUAAGGUCGUGACGGAACACGAGGAAGAAGACGCUGUGGAAAAGCUCAUCAACUGCGGCCAAGUCGAGGAGUUAAUAGAACAAGCCGAAGACGAAUUGUUCCUCAUCCCCAAGUAUGCUGAAUGGCGACUGUGGGAACCGCCGGUCACGCCCAAGGACGAAUAAUGCACCAAAAACGGCACGUGGUCGACAGGCUCGCCUCGUGGAUAUACCAGCUCCUCGUCCGUCUGCCGCUACUGUCGACUGCACGCUUAAUGAGGAUCAACACGACUACGUUUCGAUAUUGA